AUGCAGGCUAAGGGCUAUGUCACCGUAGAACAAGUUGAGAAGGAAUUCUCAUGGUCAACUGGCCGUGUAAUCGAUGCCCUUGAAACUUUGCUCAAGGAGGGACUUGCUAUGAUAGACGACGGGCACAGGGACGGCAAGCGUAGAUACUGGUUCCCGUGCGUCACCCUCAGUUCCGAUGCCUCCGGUUCCGAAGCAAAGUCAUAA